AGCACAGCGCAUACUAAUUCAUCAUUCACGUAAUAAACGGUCCUCCUCCAUCAUCACAAGAAUAAUCUGGUCAUGGAGUCUACCGAGUACCGAGUGGAUGUUUGUUACCAAAAAGAUCUCAUGAGGUUGAGCUGAAACAUUCCUAAGGAUGAAGGUUCUUCUGUCGAACUUAGUAUGCUCGUAUCAACAAUGAACUCAGAUUGGUCCGGAGUCUAGAACAAUCCGUGGCUCCUUGCUCUUCUGGUUACGACCUCUCGUACGUAAGGUUACGCACUUGGCAGAUAUAUCAAAGGACCGGGUCAUGAUAAAUCAGAGUGACACUUGAAAACCACUGGUCACCGUCCAUUCCAAAACUUCGCUCUCAUUUGUUCUCAUGAUGGACAUUCAGAGAUCCAAUGUGCUGUGACCAACAAGUGUGCAAGAAAGGCUUGGGAGAGAAGGACCCUACAUGCUACAUUUAAUAAUAGAAUGGGGGCUGCAAAAGAAAUACUGCAAACCCACUAUCACCCACCGAAUGCAUUCAUACAUCCAUCCACUUCUUGGAAUGAAUGAUCCGGAACAUCUUGUUCAACUUCCCUUCUUUCGUGAUAUCGAUCUCUGCGGGAUUUGGGGCACCCUUUUCUUGUACCCCUCUCCGUAACUCCUUUAUGAAGAAGGAAGGAAAGGAAAGGAAAGGAAAGGGAAAGAGGAGAGGGGAGGGGAAAGAGAAGGGAAAGGAAGGGAAGUAGAGAAGAAAGUAAAUGAACAGGAGGAAGAGAAAAAUAACAAAAUAUUAGUCCAUCAAGUCGAAAGAUGUAAGAUGUUAAUCAAUCAUCAGACAGAUACUAACUAAUAUUCAAUAUCCCAAUGGAAUCCUCCGUGUUCCAAAGUGCUCCAAAGUGCUCCAAAGUCCGAAGACACCGCAGCUAGGUAGAUAGAUGAUUACUUCCAGUCUGCCUGUCACAGGUAGUAACUGGUUCAUCCUUUUUUCUCCCUUGGUUGACUGGCUGGCUGGCUGGCUGGGUUGGUCGGUCUGGUCUGGUCAGGUCAGGUCAGAUCAGGUCAGGUCUAAUCACAUAUUCACUAUCCGGACAUCAACAUAUUUUGUACACCCCCCAUAUAGACAGAUGGAAAGAUAUCUAGGCACAGAUGCAAAUAUAUAUAUAUAUAUAUAUACCUACUCGAUUUCUUCUCUCUCUAUGGAUAUCUGGGUACCCAGCAUGUACGAUUUGUGAAAUUCCAAGAUUUGUACCAAUACCCAAGCAAUAUCAAAGGAUUCCACGCCUUUACAACAAUAAAUACAACAUUGGGCUUUUGUUGUGGGGAUUAGAUUUUCCGAGGGACCAUUUUCCCACAUCCAUCAACAUAUUCACCUCACAACUUACCAUUCACCCAUUCACCCAUCCACUCACAUUCGAGAAACACCUUUUCUAUACACACACGAAGUACUAUUCUUACCAUCCACACUCAACUCUUUGGAGUGAAAAAUAAUUACAAAUGACCAAUGAAAGCGUCCCAUCUACCUAUAGACCUUGAAUUCUACUAUAUCUAUCCCCACUUCUAGCAAGAUUUAUUAGACGAAGGAAAGAUAUUAUUAUUAUUAUUCUAUUCUACCCGUCUUCUAUUUCAUUCAACCCUGCCUUGACCUUCCACCCCACCAUCGCCAUCUGAAGCAAGCAAGUAAACCCACUCACUGAACAACUUUACAACAAAAAAAUUGCUACACACCAUUUCAUCAUCUGUUGAGCGACAACUUUUGUCGUUCGCACAUUAUUUUAAUCCUCACAAUGUCCUCUUCUACUUCUACUCCGACACCAACACCAGCGCCAAAGACAGUACCAGUCGUCGCACCUAAACCCGAACCGGUCAAAGAAAAAUCGCCAGUUCCUGUUGUCCCACCACCCAAGGAAAUCGAGGUGGAGGAACAAGAUGAUGAAAGGAGUGAUGAUGGGUCCGUUGGUCUACCAGAUCUCGGAGAGAAUAUCGAUUCGGCCACAUUCGAACAAAUUCUAGAGAUGGACGAUGACGAAGAUGAGCGGGAAUUCAGUCGUUCUAUCGUUUUUGGAUUCUUUGAGCAGGCCGAGCAGACUUUUGUCAAGAUGGAUGAUGCACUUGAGGAGAAAGAUUUAGCAACGCUUUCAUCGCUCGGUCAUUUCUUGAAGGGCUCCUCGGCAACAUUGGGAUUGACAAAGGUGAAGGACAGCUGUGAGAAGAUUCAACAUUAUGGACAGCAGAAAGAUGAAGCUGGUACAACGGACGAACCUGACAAGGAGAAAUGUUUGGCAAGAAUCAAGGAAACGUUGGUUUCGGUGAAGGAGGAGUACGAAGAGGUUGAGAAGGUCUUGAAGAAGUUCUAUGCCACUUGAAGGACGGCCGCAUGCACACACCCCCCUCAAAAACCCCCCGAUGAUGGAAGAUUGUUCUCGUGCUUGAGGAUAUCUGAUGUGGCAGAAGUAACCAAAAGUAUUGCCUAUCGGGGCUCUUGUGACGACAUUGAAGUUCACGCACGAGCAGUAUACUUCUCUUACAAAACAAAGCUCCCCAUAGCUCAGGCGUCUCGGAUUGCAUUCACAUACUUUAUGUUGUCUGGAAAUGGCAUACAUGGUUUUCUUAUGGGGGUUUUCUCUUUUUUCUUUCUAUUGGUUCACACGAGGGAAAUGUUUUUAUUUGUUUCUGUUAGCUUCUCUUUUCCCCCUCAAACUUGUCUAUGGAUGACGGAAGUCGAGGAGGAAUUUUAGUUAGAUGAGGUGACGAGGUGAUGGAUUACCAGAUUCAAUGUCAUGGUUACUCAGCACAUGAAGUCACGACAGACGCAUCAAAUCAGAAG